GUGUAACCUGGCGAGGCUGUGAGCAUCAGGGGUUAUCUGGUGGCGUGAAACGUUGCUCAAUGACGACGGUUAGAUGGACCUGACACUCCUUUGAGCAUCGCAGUGAGCUUCAUCAGCGUUCUAAAUGCUUGAACAUGUCAAAUAUAUCAUCAUUGAUAAUGCUAUUAUGCUACACGCACUUCACCAGGGGUAGUCUGUAAGGUCGGCCACUCGGGGUAAAGACCCCCGAUUACACGAAGCGCGUUGGGCCUUCUGCAGACGUCGCAAAAUAAUUCGCGGUGCCGAGUAUCGUGCAAAUAAACAAUGGCGAUGAACAUUCAAUAUCUCUCACAUCUGUACCAACCAUAGACCUCAAUCCAACCAAAGCAAUCCGGGAAAAAGACAAGAUGCUUCUAACGACAUCCCUCCCCCUGUUUCCUCCUCCCGCAUCGUCCCUUCUACCUCCUCUCACUCAACCGACACCAGACCACACAAGCAACCAACCACACCAACAUCAAUCGCGGCGCAACAAACAACAUGCCUCAGCACUUCACCGCACGACCACUCUCGCAGUCCUAUCUUCAGAUGAGCGAACGAUAGUACAGCGCAAAAUGGCCAUUGCAAUGUACGGCUACAGCUGGCUGAAACCGGCAGGAUGUCCCAAGACAAUGCUCGGCCGACGAGAAGAGGAGGUUGAGAGGGAGGAAGUAGAAAGACAACUAAGGGAGGUGGAAUUACAAGAGCGAUUACAGCAGGAGGCGGAAGAACAAGAACGCCUAGCACAACAAACCGAGACAGGUGAACCGGAGGGUGACAGAGACUUGGACGAAGAUAUACCCGACGCCGACGCCGGAGAGGAAGAGGGAGACCUUGAUGAGGACGACGAGGAAGAAGAAGAAGGCUCCGACGGCGAUGACGGAUUGGGUGGCGAUCUGGACGACGAGAUCCCGGAUGCAGACGAUCAGGACGAUGACGAGGUCAUGUCUCCUGCUGGGGACGAUACCGGUACGAAUUGGACCUACGACACGCGCCGAGAGCCAGACUCCGAUGAAGAAGGUGGUGCAAGCGCUCGGCGAUACCCAGGCCGGCAGGGCAGACACGCACAUAUCGCGGGUGUGCGGAUCCCGGUUCCAGGAAGCGAGUAUGACUACGAUGAGCGCGAGGCCGAAGACCUAGCGAAUGCGAUGCUCGAUGAGGAUGAGAUCUUUGAGCAGGACGACGAUGCGGCCGGCGGCGAAAGAGACCUAGAUGAUGACGUUCCAGACGCGGCAGAAUCAGACCAGGCAUGGGAGCAUACGGAUACCGAGCUCGAAGAAAGCGAGAUGGACAUUUCCAUCCUUCCAGUGCCGGGUCAGGCACGGUCGAGUAUAGGUCACGGAGGACGGCUACAACCUCAAAUUGCGGGCGGACCGAGACGUGCGUCUGGACCACGAAACUCCGAGGCAGGCUGGGGCUUCAAUGUCUCGCCCCAGGUUCCACCCCGGGCAGGACACUCACACAGACCGACUCCAGAGAUGGACCAUCCCGCACCACGAGCCGCCGUUUCUGGAAACAGACAUCACCGCCAACUGCGAGCGCCGUACUUCCACACGCCGGCCAUGCUAGAUAGUCCGAUGGACGCCGAGACCCAGGGUACUGGCGCAAGCGACGACGACGGCGACAUCGACGCCGAUCCAUUCGCAUCCUCCGGUGCUGGUCCCAGACCCAUCCCCAGGCCGCAUCCGCAUGGACUGUCUAUGCUCGCUUCAGCGACUGAAGAAGUUUCACAUGAUAGAACGGGCAGGACAGGUGCAGGCACGACCGCAGUGAACGUCAGUGGAAGUCCAUCACCGUCACGGGCCACUGCGGCAAGGGCAUGGCUUGACGGUGCUGCUGCCGCGGUGGGCGGGAGCGCAAGACGGACGUUAUUCGGAAGAUCUGCCAGAAGAGGUGCUGCGGGAGCAGUGAUCACCGAUACUUCGAGUGGGGGACUGUUCACGCCGCCUUCGACUUCAACAGCUGCAGUAGUCACUGCUGAAUCCGGCGUGGAAGGGGAAUGGGAAACGCCGGUAAACAGCGCGAGCCAGGAUCCAGGCCAGACUCAAGCGCAUCAGCGGAGGCGGAGCGGUCGAUUUCUGGGCUCGAGAAGGAGGGCGGACAUGGGGUGAUAACAUCAUGCGCAAAAGUGCUACGACCUUGCUGCACAGUCAGAAUUACAA